CGCCGAGACCACCGCAACAGACAGCCUAGAUCUAAAAGAGUCAUUGCUUAAAGACAAACAAACACCAGUUUGACCAGUUCAGAGACUCUACAGGUGAUAAUGGCCUCAGAUGCUCUGCAGGAGCUGAGACAGCUGUGCCUUAAGAGGGGCGCCGCAGGAAUCAAGGGACUUGGAAGGACGUUUCGCAUUAUGGAUGAUGAUGGAAGUAAAUCUCUGGAUUUCCAGGAGUUUGAGAAAGGGCUGGAAAACUACGGAGUGUCUGUGGGGAGAGAGAAAGCCAAGGAGAUCUUUGCUAUGAUGGAUAAGGACGGUAGCGGUUCGAUCAACUUUGGUGAAUUUCUCGAGAAUUUAAGGCCGCCCAUGUCAGACGCUCGGAAGCAGGUGAUCAGUCAGGCUUUUCAGAAGCUGGAUAAGACAGGAGACGGAGUUGUGACCGUACAGGAUCUACAGGGUGUUUAUAACAGCAAACAUCACCCCAAAUACAAGAGCGGCGAGUGGACGGAGGAACAAGUUUUCCGCUCCUUCCUAGACAGCUUUGAUUCACCGUACGAGAAAGAUGGCAAGGUCACGCUGGAAGAGUUUAUUAACUACUACAGUGGAGUCAGCGCCUCUAUCGACAUCGACGAGUAUUUCAUCACCAUGAUGAAGAAUGCGUGGAAACUCUAGACAUCCCUCCAGAAGUCUUCAAGACAUCUGUGUUUCUCUAUCCUGCUCAAUGUUAAAGAUGACGUUUCAUCAUCUUACAGGUGCUGGAGUCCUCCAGGAGCCACAUUGAGAAAAAAAUGCCGUUCCCCAAGCUUUUGGAAAUCAGAUUUAUACAAUGCAUUAGAUUUGCUAUUACACACCGAGAUGUUGCUGAUUGUAGAAUAAUUCCUUGUGCAAAUGAUUGUGUCUGUUAUCAUUAAACAUUUGAUU